UUGCCAAGCAAAGAUUCAGAUUUCUUAAUUUUCUUUUUAUUCUCUCUCUUGAACAAAAAGCAUCGCAAUUUUCAGUUUUACCUGAAAUUUCAGCUUACGAACUUGUUUUACCUGAAAAUUUGAAUUUUUAGCAUCGGAAAAGCUUUCAAUUUUCGUUAUGGAAAUGCACCCGAGUACGAUUGAUUCCGAUUUAAUGAUGCUGGACUCAAUUCGGAGACACUUACUCGGCGAAUCAUCCGACUUGCGAUUCACUUCUUCAAAUGACUGUGCCAACGUGGGCGCGGCUCCCCCUAUGUUUUGCAGGAGCUCCAGCUUUAGCCGCUUGUACCCUUGUUUGACUGACACCUGGGGUGACCUCCCACUCAAAGAGAACGAUUCUGAAGACAUGCUUGUUUUCGGGUACCUUAGAGAUGCUUUAACCGUCGGUUGGGCCCCCUCCGAUCACUCUUCCCCGACUUUCCCGCCAAUUAAACCGGAACCUCAAGAGAUUCCGAUGGAGACAGCGGUGAAAGAGGUUCCUACGGUGGCGAAUGGGGCGGUUCCCACGGUGGUUCCGGCCAAAGGGAAGCAUUACAGAGGAGUAAGGCAAAGGCCGUGGGGAAAGUUCGCGGCUGAGAUUAGGGAUCCGGCUAAAAACGGGGCUCGAGUUUGGCUAGGCACUUUCGAGACAGCUGAGGAUGCGGCUUUGGCUUAUGAUAAGGCAGCUUAUAGGAUGCGUGGCUCAAGGGCUUUGUUGAAUUUCCCAUUGAGGGUGAAUUCCGGGGAACCCGACCCGGUUAGGAUCACGUCAAAGAGGGCAACACCUGAGCCAUCUACUUCUUCGUCCUCGGGUUCAGAGAACGGGUCACCAAAAAGGAGGAGAAAAGUAGGUAGCUCGGCUCCGGUUGUAGCUCAAGCCGGUUUAAAUAUGGGUUUUGGAGCGUAAAGUAUUGAAGUGGGAACUUGUACAUGUGGCGAACAGCUAUUAGUCAGUGAAAUGCUGCUGAGGUGUUAAUAGUGUAAUGUAAGCAGAAGUAAGCUUAUAGUUAUGGACAACCUCCAUCCCAUUGGAAUUUUGUAGAAUCAGAAAAAAAGUUCUUUUUGUUCUUAAAAAUACUAUUAACAGCGUGGUUAAAGUAAGCCCAUUCUAAAGCAAAA